AUGUGUAUUCAAAGGAAAUCCAGUCCACGCACCUUGGGCACACCGUAUUAUGUCGGCAGAAACAAUCGUCUGCACUCUGGCCGCCAUCCCAUCCUAGUUAACCAGGAUCCGGAGGAGGCUUGGGCCCUUGGCUACGACGACAACAGCAACAACGAGUCUUUCUUCGGGUUUCAUGGGGAGCGCUUUGUUCCCCUAGCUGUUGAAGAGACCUUUGUGACGGUCCAGGCGGAGACGGAGUACUCUCUUGCAAAAGCUCUCGGAAUUGGCCAGCUGGGCUACUUCUAUCUAAUUCAGGACAGGGUUGCUGGAAUAGACGGCACGGUGGUCGCUCUCUCCGAGACUUGUGUUCAAGUCCCUUUCCACCGGCUUGUUACCAUCACAAACCAGGCGGAUCUGAAUAGUCCGUGCUUCCAGGCAUCUCAUGAGACUUCCUCGCACAGACUCUGCUAUCAGACCUCACCGCAGAUUCAACUGCGCGAAAAAGAGACGCAGCGCAACCGUUGCCAGAAGCUGGUGCUACACGCUUCAGUAUCUUAUGAUUUGGCUCCCGGAAAGGGUCCGGCAAGCCUGAACCAAAGACUAGAGAGAUGUCUUCCGUGUAGCUGUUCUAUUCGCCGACUUGACUAUUUGUUCCAGAACGUUGCUACACUGACAUCCGCAGAAAGCAUUCGAAACGCGACUCAGUGUCUGGUUGACGCUGUCACGGUAGCAAACAAGGUCAGUAACGAUCACAAUGGGUCUGUACUCAAGGGUAAUGAGAUAGUGUCUUUGAAACGAGGUCCCAAGAUCAAUGCGGUUGUCGACUGGAAGUCAGGCCAGAUCAUCCCCAGCCGUAUUCGUUCGAUGGAGAUAGAUCAGACAUUCGUCGACAACAAGAAGUACCUGAUAAUUGGUCUUGCUGGUGAUCUGGGCCGUUCUAUUGCUCGCUUCAUGGUCGAGCGCGGAUCGCCUUAUGAUAUCACCUUGGAGAUGAGCCAUAACCCUAACAAGAACCCUUUGAUCACGGUCAAGUUGCAGAAGGAGCGGUAUGGACCAAAGGAUGCCGAGGCGGUCACGGACGCGCACCUGUUGAUUGUGAGCAUCUUUUCAAGGAACCCGGUGCUAAGAGUGGAGGAUGAGAUGUUGGAUCAGGGGCCAAAUCGAGGGCUUGAUGUACCUACAGUCCAGGGUAUUUAUUUCUUCAGUUGA